AUGACGUGAGGUCUGUCGCGCAUUUAUACAUAGUCAGGCAACAUGUCUGCGUCCAUGCGCCUGCUGGUCCGGAGGGCGAUCCGCCUUUCUGACACAAACAUCCAGAUCUCAGCUGCUGCUCGGGCUGCGGCUCGGGCUGCGGCUCGGUCGUCGUCCUGUCGGUGUUUCAGCGAUGCAGCCGAAGACAGAAGUACACAUUUUGGGUUUGAAACGGUGCCAGAGACCGAGAAGGCGAAGAGAGUGUAUAAGGUGUUUGAGAAUGUGGCACAGAGGUAUGACAUUAUGAACGAUGCCAUGAGUCUGGGGAUUCAUCGAGUGUGGAAGGACAUGCUGCUGCAUGCCAUGCACCCACAGCCUGGGGUGCGACUCCUGGAUGUCGCAGGUGGAACAGGUGACAUUUCCUUCCGUUUUCUGGAGUACGUCCGUUCUCAGCAAGAGCGGCAGAAGCGGCGGGCUGCACGGUCCAUGCAGACGCCGUCAUGGCAGGACAUUUCCAACAACUACUCCACAGAGGACGAAGACGGGCCCCUGGAAUCCAGGGCUGUUGUCUGUGACAUCAACAAAGAGAUGCUGAAAGUGGGCAAGCAGAAAGCAGACAGCAUGGGCAUCAGCACCGGUCUGUCGUGGGUGGUGGGGGAUGCAGAGGAGCUGCCCUUUGAUGAUGACCAGUUUGAUAUUUAUACCAUCGCCUUUGGCAUUCGAAAUGUCACCCAUAUAGAUCAGGCAUUGCAGGAGGCUCUGCGGGUUCUGAAGCCUGGUGGCAGGUUCAUGUGCUUAGAGUUCAGCAAAGUGACAAAUCCUGUGUUGGCAAGGCUUUAUGAUGCAUACAGUUUCCAGAUGAUACCAGUUUUAGGAGAGGUUAUUGCUGGAGACUGGAAAUCAUAUCAGUAUUUGGUAGAAAGCAUCCGCAAGUUUCCGGACCAGGAAGAGUUUACAGGAAUGAUUGAAGAUGCUGGUUUCUACUGUGUGCAGUACCGAAACCUCACUGGCGGAGUUGUCGCUCUUCACUCUGGUUUCAAGCUGUGAAAUGCACUUCUAACACCUUGUAUAGAAAAAAAGAGACUGGCUGUGUUUCAGACAUUUCUGCAUGUACGGAGCUCUUAUUUUAGAGCUCUCUGCAGAUGUCACAGUGUUCAGAGGAUAUAUUUAUUGACUUCUUUUUCCUGUUAAUUAUACCAAUAUUAGUGUGAAGAAUGCCACACUAAAAAUCUAAAUGUCACUAUCUGUGGUAUCAGUCUGACAACAACUAGUGAAAACAGUCUGUUUGGAAUAUUUUUGUAGCACCUGCAUUUUGACAAUGAAAUAAUAAAACUUGUAUAGGCUCA